CGCAAAUUGGUUGCAAUCUAACUCUUAUUAUACACAUCAGAUAUUUAUGAUGGAUUUGUGAGCUCAAACUACGCCGAAAUUGUGAGUCUAAUCGGUUGUAAUUUUUAGUGUAUUUAUAUGUUUUAAUCGGGCAAUACAACUUUCAAGGUUGGUCAGAUCUGGUGGCGACGACUUACUCUUUUAUGGUUCAACAAUAAUGUAAUGUUACGACAAUAUGUGCACAUAUUGAGAGAUAAAGAUCAACCCUUAGAAGUUGUGACGGAUUAAAAAUAUUUUAAAAGAUUUAAAAGGAUACGACUUUUUAUUAUCUAAUAUACUAUUCUAUAAUAAUUUGAUAAAUUUAAGUUUAUGUAUUUUUAUUCUAUCUCUGAUAAAAAAAUUAAUAAAUAAUUCUCUUUAGACAUUUUUUUGUUUUUAUUUUCAACUUUAUCAUAGUGUAAUGUAUCUCAAGAUCAAAUCUAUGAAUCUAUUGUUACAAGCAAAAUAUGUGAAUCUCUCUUCGCCAUCCGUGGAGGUUUUUAUGAGCUAAAUAAAGGAUUCAUUUGUUGGAAACAUUUCUAAGAUGGUAUGCAUCUUACACUCGUUUUGUUUGAACUUCAUAAAGCCAUUUUUAUCUACUUUGCCAAUAUUUUUUUGAUAAGUGACUUUGCCAAUAUUAACAUGCCAAAUAUAGACUCCUUCUUCAUCGGUGUUCCAUCGAUCAAAUAACCUCUCAAAUCUUUCAUCCUUUCUCCUUUUGCUCUUUCUUUUGCCAAAACCCAAACAAAAAAAACUGUCUAUUCUCAGCUGAAACAAACAAACUGAAAUCGUUUGUCAACAGAACAAAUCAUACAGAAAAAAAAACAUUAACAAUUAUCGCCAUUUUUAGCCAAAACUCUGAUGCAGUUUCUCAAGAAUCUUGCUGUUGCAUGUUGAGAGCAAAGUCUUUGUUACAAUUUUUUUAAAGGAUAUUAGGCUCUGAUCCUAAUAAAGAUGUUAUCGUUUCGUAUCCCAUCUAUGGGAACCCAGCCGGCCGCAUUCGCAGCUAAAAUAACAGACACCACAAAGACCGUGGCACAACUCAAGUCAGCUGCGACCCCCACGCCUCACAGCACAGUCACGUGCGGCUACCAAGCUCACGUGGCGGGCUUCUUCCGUAACGUCACGGUUUUAUGGUCCAAGAAUCUCAUGAACCAUUCCCUCACCGUCAUGGUCUCUAGCUUAGACAACGAUAUGAACUAUUGCUGCAAGAUCGAUCUUGUCAAGCCGUGGCAGUUCUGGAGCAAAAGAGGUUCGAAGUCAUUCGACGUAGAAGGAAACUUCGUGGAGGUCUUCUGGGAUCUAAGGUCGGCGAAGUUGUCAGGAAACGGUAGCCCCGAGCCGGUGUCAGAUUAUUACGUGGCGAUAGUUUCGGACGAAGAGGUUGUCUUGUUGUUGGGAGACUUAAAACAUAAAGCUUACAAGAGGACGAAGUCAAGACCCGCGCUGGUCGAGGGGUUUAUAUCUUUCAAGAAAGAGAGCAUUUUUGGGAAGAAAACGUUUUCUACAAGAGCGAGAUUCGACGAGCAGAGAAAGGAACAUGAAGUGGUGGUGGAGAGCUCGAACGAUGAGAAAGAUCAAGAGAUGUGGAUAAGCAUGGAUGGGAUCGUGUUGGUGCACGUGAAGAAUCUGCAGUGGAAGUUUAGAGGAAAUGUGAUGGUGUUGGUGGAUAGAACUCCUGUGAUGGUGUACUACGAUGUGCAUGAUUGGUUGUUUGGGAGUUCGGAGUCCACGGCGAGUUCGGGGCUGUUUUUGUUUAAGCCGGUGGCGGUUGGAGCGAUGAUGGUAGACGAGUACUUUAGCGAUGCGGAGGAUGGGGAUAGUGGAGGAGGGAGUAGUCCUUUGAGUCGGUACAACUCUGCAUCUAGUGGUUAUGGGCCAUUGCAUGAGUUCUGUUUGUUUCUUUAUGCUUGGAAACUUGAGUGAUAAAAUGUUAAUACACCAUAGAAAUUUUAUAGUGUUUUAUUUUUAAUUAUACUCUUUAAAUCUCUCUUUAUAAUGUAUUUGAUCACCAGGAGAGAUUUCUCGUUGAAAUCCAGACUCAUCACCAUGGUUAGUAAAAAAUUGGAUAAUUAGCUAAC